GUACACAGAUCACUUUUGCUCUGACGGGGCUCUAUUGUGACAUUGAAUGACGUAGAUAUGAUUCAGUUAAACGUAAUUUAAUACUGACAUCGAGUAUAUUUCCGUUUAAUAAUUGUUUCCGGAUAACAAGUAACGCAGGAGAAGAAGGGGGAUACAAAUGCUAUAGUCAAUCUUAUAAAAGUGACAUUCAUCCUCAACGUGCUGUUUCCUAAACAUAUUUCAAAUAUCAUUUUAUACAAGGAGGAUCUCGCCUGAAAUAAGUGAAAUAGAUCAAACAUUCAGUUGAAUUCCAUUGCUGAAUACCACUUAUUGCUACAGAUGUUGGAGCGUUCUGCGUGCCCCAAGGUUUCUUGGCUGUGGGUUCUACUGGCUUGCGCCCGUUUCGUCACUUCGUCAUCCGAGCAGUGUCCAUGGCUUGAUGACCUUACGCCCUGGAGUGAUGCCACCGCCUGGCCGAGCAAUCAGGUGCCCCAGGCAAACACCAGCGUAAUAAUCGACAAUCGUCAGAUUCUCUUGGACGUAUCCCCGCCACCUCUGUUCAGCCUCACCAUACGCAAUGGAGGGCGACUUGUCUGGGGAGUUAAUGGUGACCAUGAACUGCGAGCUAAUUAUAUUCUCGUGGAGGAGAUGGGAGAGUUGGAAAUAGGGAGUGCUGUGUGCAAGUUUCCACAACACAGAAAGGCGACCAUAACCCUGACCGGAAAAAGAGACGAUUAUCUCGAUGUCGGCAACUUUGGUCAAAAGUUCCUUGGGGCUCGAACCAAUGGGACAUUGGAAAUUCAUGGAGCAAAUACUUUCACUUGGACCGUGCUCACCCAAACUGCCAGAAAACCAACCAUUGACGACGGGCUGAUAUGGGAUCAUGAUGUCAAUGGUAAAUGGAAUGUAUACAUAUCUGGAGUUUAUCUCUAUACAUUUGAGCCCAAUCACGGUAAUAUGACUUUCGAUGGACAGUAUUCGAGCAAUCAAUAUUCCUCUCUUGCAAAUGACAUCGACAAUAUACCUCAUGGUACGAUCGUCAUGCUAGCAGUGCGAGGGAAGCCAUUAGGAUCAGAUCGCACAGCGUUUGAUAAUGCCAUAGAGUCUCUAGGCUCCACAAAAAUCCGGGAAUUUGUCAAUGGCAACGCGUUUGCUAUGGUGGCAGUUAAAGGUGACUCCAGUUUGACAAAAGAGACGCUGUCAUCGGAGAUCGGGUUCACCCAUACAUCAACUGGACCUGUGGACAUGACCACAGGAACACUCCGCUUCAUUGCUGAGAGCGCUGUUUCUGUCAGACACAUGACAAAACUUAAGGCACACCAGGCAAACUACGUACGAUUUCGUGUUAUUUUGUCGACAAUGCAAACAAUAUUAAACGUUUUGGAUGACGUUUCCUCCUUGUCAGAAGGAGACAAACUGGUAAUUAGUUCCACCGAUUUCGACAUGAUUCAAGCCGAAGAGAGAGUUGUUGUGCCUUGCCCAACAUGUUCUAAUUAUCAGGUUGCAGUAAACGUUCCCCUGUAUUAUACUCAUUGGGGAGAGGUGACCAAUAACGUUGACAUGCGGGCAGAAGUGGCACUACUCAACAGAAACGUAGUCAUUCGCGGCGAAAUGCAACCCAGGUGCUAUGGCAACAACCCGUGUGCUUUCUAUGACAUGGACACAUUUGGCGGACAUGUUAAGGCUGAUGGUGGAUCUUUGAACAUAGAAGGAGUUGAGCUGUACCACAUGGGUCAGGCAGGCGUGCUAGCAUCAUAUCCCAUCCAUUACCAUUUGCUGCUUGACGAUGCUGGUGCCAUAGUCAAAAAUAACGUGGUACGUCACUCGUUCCAGCGGUGUAUUGUUAUCCACGGUACAUUCGGGUUGCAGGUUAUGGAUAACAUUGCCUACCUGCACUUCGGUCAUUGCUACUACCUAGAGGACGGUGGAGAACAUGACAAUGUCCUGAAUGGAAACCUGGGUUUGGGAACAUUGAGCGGCCAUUUGCACCAGGCUGAUAAAACACCAGCAACAUUUUGGCUGACAAACCCGUAUAAUUUCAUCAAAAACAACGUUGCCGCAGGGUCAGAAGAAUGGGGUUUUAUGAUCAUAUUUCCUAAGUAUCCGAAGGGUCUGUCAGAAGGUUUAAUUCAUCUACAAUCAAAAUCUGAUAGAACCGCUCUUGCACAAUUUGAAAAUAAUAAGGCACAUUCAAAUACGGAUGGCCUCUUUGGUGAUUUCAUACUCCAAGGAGAUUUGACAUCGGAGAGCAUACUGAAAACUGGGAACAAUUAUAAGCCUAGAUCUGAGGCUCAGAUAACAAGGUUUACAGGCUACAAGAACAAACAUCAAGACUCCUGGUAUCGUGGAAGUCCUAUCCAUUUAUCUCAAAGCUCGUUUUCAGACAGUCCCAGGGGACACACGCACGCGGUUGCUGGAUACAGAAGGGUCUGGAUAGAGAACUCUGUGUUUGUAGGCCAGUCAGACAAUCUUGGAGAGCCAGAGAUCUAUUAUGACCGUACAGCUUCUGCUUGGGUAAAACUACCGAGAUCGUUCCCGUCUAGCUUGGGAACACAAGUGAAUGGUCUUGUUAUCUAUGACUUGAACAUCCAUUUGAGGAACUGCUAUUUCAAUGGUUUCCAAACAGAUCAAUACAGGAAAGCCGGAGGAAUAGGAUGGAAGAGAAAUGCUGGGGCGUCCUUUUAUACGUAUAAUUCUGUGGAAAAUUUAACAUUUGGAUUCAAAGAUGGAGAGGCUACAGGAAACCGUGUCUUUGAAGAAAGUGGAGGAAGAAAUGGCAACAAAGGCGCCAUGGUAGUAGAUAUAGACGGGUCCUUGACAGGCCACGCCGGGGCAUCUGUCGUGAGAAAUGAACCAUUUUACUAUACCGCAAACUGCUACGAGAAAACAAACUGGAAUAUGAGAGUUUGUCCAGAAAAGUAUGGAAAGAUUCGCAUCCGCUACAUGAAAACAAGCACGAAUACGUUGUUCAAGAGUGACGUUCAGAUGGUCAGAGAUGAUCUCCACCAUCACAGGGAAAUUUUUACCACUCGUGGUGGUAUCAUUUCCGUUAAUUUGAUUUACAACCAUAACUACACGAUGCAAUUUAUUGGAAAGGCACCAAACAAGAUUAGGAUUGAAACCUAUGGCUUUGAAAAAUACGCACAGUUUACGGCUGGGGGUCGUGUCCGUUUGGGCAUAUGUUUCCCGAAAAACUCGGCUUUUACUAAGAUUAUCUACGCCAGAAUGGUCGUGACUCUGAAGGCAACCUGGGAGCAGUUUGAAGCCGCGUCUCUUACAGACCAAGCAGUAGCCUUCUGGGACAAUGAUACAGGGUUGCUGUUCUUUUAUCUCCGAGGUCAACGUACUCGUGAUCCCACCGAUCUUCUAAGAUGCCCAAGGGGUGCCUGUGCAUUCCUUGACAUCGAGCGCACGGGACCGUAUGAGGUGGCUGACUGCUACCAGGACGCUUAUGGGCCGUAUAGUGCAGACCCGCUGCCUCCAGACGAGAAUGCAUUAUCGGACAUGGUUUUGAACAGUUCGCCUAUGCCAUCGGGGGUUGGAGCCGGGAGAACCAGAGAAGCCAAAUGAAAAAAGAAAGGGAAAAGCUUAUAUUCGGAUGGAUUGUCCUAAUUCCACAUUCAAAGUGCAUUGUACAUGUAUAUUCCACUUUGCAGUAAUUUGUUUGUCGCACCUUUUUUGUAAUCAACCUUUUUUUUGCAUCAGUCUGCAAUGUUUUUCUGGUGUCUCACUCUUUAUUAAUAACGUGACACGAAAUAUCUCUUGUUAUGUUACCAAAUGCAUACAGUACGUUGCUUUACAUUCAGUUUAUUUGACUUUUGACUUACUCUGCCGUAUGAC